CUUCUCCUCCAUUUCACACGCGCGCUUUCUUCUCCCAUACCAUAGCAUGCUUUUCACUUCAAUGCCGUUACUCUUUCUACUAUAACACCAAAACAUAUUCAAAUGGCAUGCUGCUAUAAGUUCAACUAUUUCUUUCUCCACUCUCAUUUCUUACGGAGAAAAAUUCCAUUUCCACUCCGUCGCAUCACCGUAACCGCCACCGCCGGGAACUCCUCUUGCAAAUUUCAAUCACCGAAGUUUCUUCGUUCUUCACGCGCAACAAUCUCCAAAGGUUAUUGUAGUGUAUCUUUGGAUUCGCAUGGUGAUGGAGUUGUUUCUGCAACUUCUUCGAGUGCUGCAACUUUCACUCCGGCAAUUAGUUAUGGAGCUGCUCAACCUGUGCAGCUUGGUUCUGUUAGCAAUGUCGGAGCUGCGGCAAACGGUGAUUCUGGUAAUGGUAGAGUCAUGCUCAUUGACGGAACGUCGGUAAUUCAUAGAGCAUACUACAAGCUUUUAGCAAAAUUGCACCACGGUCAUCUAGCACACGCUGAUGGAAAUGGAGAUUGGGUUCUAAUGAUAUUUUCAGCAUUAUCAUUUAUAAUAGAUGUUCUGGAAUUUAUCCCUUCCCAUGUGGUGGUAGUGUUUGACCAUGAUGGAAUUCCUUUUCGUCAUACUUCUAAUUCAUCAAAAGAAAGUUUUACUGCUAAAGGCCAGAACUUUAGGCACAAUCUAUACCCUUCUUACAAGAGCAAUCGUCCUCCUACUCCUGAUACCAUUGUUCAGGGACUUCAAUACCUCAAAGCAUCCAUCAAAGCUAUGUCCGUUAAAGUCAUUGAGGUUCCAGGUGUAGAAGCAGAUGAUGUGAUUGGAACAUUAGCCUUAAGGAGUGUUGAUGCUGGGUACAAGGUACGAGUUGUUUCCCCAGACAAAGACUUCUUUCAGAUUCUAUCUCCGUCAUUACGCCUCCUAAGACUUGCUCCACGUGGUGACCAGAUGGUUUCAUUUGGAGUUGAGGACUUUGCACAGAAAUAUGGAGGUCUGAAACCAUCCCAGUUUGUGGAUUUGAUUGCACUUUCUGGUGACAGAUCUGAUAAUAUUCCAGGAGUUAAUGGAAUUGGAGAUGUUUAUGCUGUGCAAUUGAUCAGCAAAUUUGGCACAUUAGAGAGGUUGUUGGAAUCUGUCGAUCAAAUCAAAGAGGAUCGCAUUAGAAAGGCCUUGAUUGAAAAUUCUGAGCAGGCUCUAUUAAGCAAGGAGCUGGCAUUGCUGCGUUCUGAUCUACCAUCCUACAUGGUACCAUUUACCGUUAACGAUCUCUUGUUUAAUAAACCCGAGGACAAUGGCAGCAAAUUCAACAGCCUUUUAACAGCUAUCAGUGCAUACGCAGAAGGUUUUUCAGCCGAUCCUAUCAUCAGAAGAGCGUCUCGUUUGUGGGAAAAGUUAGAUUCAAAGUGAAGUUCAUCGAGAUAUCAGGUUUUCUUUUGUUGUAUAGAUGGAAUACUUUGAAUGGAGCAUGUCAAUACUGGAACCACAAUACAGCGGGAGUGGAUUUAAGUGUACAUAGCAUUAUACGGAGUAUGAGUUUUUCUUUUGCAGAUAACAAUGCAUUCCAGUGAUUGAUCUGCGAUGAAAACAAUUUUUUUGGUUACGUAAGCCAAAUUUAAUUGACUUUAUGUAAGCCAAAUUUAAUUGACGGUUCUUUUAUUUAAGGUGAAAAGCAUAUAUAGUAGAGAGAAGCACAAAAUGGAAUGAGUUGUAGUAUUUACUUAGGUGGAUGUUUUAGGAUAUGCUUAUUGCAGAUUGUAUAAGAAAAAUGAUAAAUUAGAG